AAUGGAAUUGUCUUAAUGUUUUGAUUGUCCAUUGCUAGUAUAUAGAAAUAUAGUGAAUAUUUAUGCAUUGAUCUUGUACCCUACAACCUUGCUUAGAUCAUUUAUUCGUUUAAAUAGUUUAUAGUUUGGAUUUUAUAGGCACAAGAUCAUGUCACCAGCGAUAUAGUUCUGUUCUUUCCUUAUCCAUUUGGGUUCCUUUUAUUUCCUUUUCUUGCGUGGAUGGGGACCCCUGGGGAGGUGCUGAGUAGGAGUGGUGGGAGAUAGCCCCCCACACCACCACAUGGAGGGCAAGCUCAAGUCUGGUCUCUGGGUGUGGCUGUGGGCUUCCUGGGUGUCUCAUCAGGCUGAGAGAGUCCCUUCUGUCCCUAGUUUCACACGCUAGAUUGACAUGCUGUGAAAUCUACCUGAAAUGUAGAAUCAGUGGUUUUUCAGCCAGCACCUCUGUCUAGUUCCAGAACAUUCCAUCAUCCCUUAAAGCAACACCGUUCCCGUGAGCGGCCUCCUCGGUGGGGAGGCAGAGUCCUCACGUGGCCUCCUGCCUCGCUCACAGCCUAUGUCCCAGGGAGCCCGGCUUGCAGACAGCAGUGGUGUCCAUGGGCUCUGCAGACCAUCAGUUCAACCUUGCAGAGAUCCUGUCGCAGAACUAUAGUCUCCAGGAGGAGUGCACAGAGCCCCUGCAGUGCCCUGAGAAGCCCGAGGAGGAGCUGGACAAAGACUUCAUAUCCCAGUUCUCGGCGGACACAACAUCUUUGUUGAGCAGUGACAUGCCCCUGGACGAGCUGCUGGCACUCUACGGCUACGAGGCAUCUGACCCCAUCUCAGAGCGGGAGAGUGAAGGUGGUGAAUCAGCCCCCAACCUCCCAGACAUGACUCUGGACAAGGAACAAAUAGCGAAGGACUUGCUUUCAGGAGAAGAGGAGGAGACACAGUCCUCUGCUGAUGACCUCGCCCCAUCUGUCACUGCCCAUGAGGCCUCAGUCCUCUUCCCCAACCAAAGUGGGUCCCGCUUCCUGGCUGGUGACGGCAAAGAGCCGGGUUCCUCUGCCUCCUCUGACACCGAGGAGGACGCUCUUCCUGCCAACAAAUGUAAGAAGGAGAUCAUGGUGGGACCUCAGUUCCAGGCUGAUCUCAGCAACCUGCACCUGAGCCGACAUGAGAAGAGGUGGCACUUCUGUCUUCAGUUACGGUGCUGUCACAAAGGAUAUUCCAAACUUGGUACUUCCUGCUGGAUUCUUGCUGUCUAUGAGAAUGAAGACCAGCUGCUCUGGGACCCCAAUGUCCUCCCUGAGAGGGAGGUGGAAGAGUUCCUGUAUCGGGCUGCGAAGCGCAGGUGGCAGGAGAUGGCGGGUUCUCAGCUCCCUCAGGGAGAGACUGUGAUAGACAGCGAGCAGGCACUGUACGAGCUGGUGAAGUGCAAUUUCAAUGUGGAGGAGGCCCUGCGGAGGCUGAGGUUCAAUGUGAAGGUGAUCCGAGAUGGACUGUGUGCCUGGAGUGAGGAGGAGUGCCGGAACUUCGAGCACGGCUUCCGCGUGCAUGGGAAGAACUUCCACCUGAUACAGGCCAACAAGGUGCGUACACGAUCAGUGGGCGAGUGUGUGGAGUACUAUUACCUCUGGAAGAAGUCGGAGCGCUAUGACUAUUUUGCCCAGCAGACGCGGCUGGGCCGGAGGAAGUACGUCCCGUCUGGAACCACGUGCGUGCAGUGCUGCUGUAGCAGUAACGUCCGCGUCGGCCAGGCUGGGCUGCCCACUGCAGCCUGGGGGGACACAGACCAGGACCUGGAGGGAAGUGACCCUGAUGGCCCCACUCGUCCCCGCCCUGAGCAGGACACCCUGGCGGGGGUGCGCACAGAGCCGCUGAGCACAGAUGGCACAUCCAGGAGCCUUGGUGAGCCUGAAGUGGGCUCCGAUGGCCUGCUGUCCUCGGAGCCAGGGCCUUGCCCGUUCCCGCAGCUGGAUAAACCCCCUGCCGUGACCCUGCCCCAGCCGCCCCCAGCCCUGGCCGACCCAGGCGUGUACCCCUCUACUGCAGCUGCUCCAGAACCAGGUGCCAGCCCGAGACUGGCUGUGGACUUCACGCUGCCGGAAGAGCUGCCCCUCAUCUCCAGCCAUGUGGGUCUGAGCGAGGACCCAGAGGAGCCCGCGGCCCCGGCGCAGGUGGCCUUGUCGGUCACUGAGUUUGGACUCAUUGGCAUCGGGGACGUGAAUCCCUUCUUGGCUGGCCAUCCAGCGUGCCCGGCCCCCGGGCUGCACUCGGAGCCCCUGUCACACUGCAACGUGAUGACCUGUUGAUCCCUGCCGUGGGCGGGCUGUGUGGCCCACAAGGGACUUGAGGGCACCACCCGGCCUGCCCCCAUCUUCCUGAGCCCUCCCCAGCUUGGGCUGGGUUGCCACCUUCUCUGCUUUCGAACGAAUACUGGGACCAGGGUGAGGUGGCUGGGCCUCUGGCCCUUGCCCUUCCACCCAGACUGGACCCUGGGCCACCACCACCCAGCUCCAGGCUGUACUGCACCCUGGGAUCCAUUGGGCAUCCGGUCUCAGAGAGGGCCUGACCCUCAGGAGUCAGGGCAGAGCUGGCCCCCUGGCCCCUCGUAGCCAGCAGAGGCAAGGGCAGACAUCACUGCCCACGGGGAGGUGGGCAGGACCUACUGCCUGCACCAGCAGCUUCUGCCUGGGUGGCCUCAGCACCAGUCAGCUCUGUCCCUGAUGGGACAGGGCUGCAGGCUGCCCUGCCUGGGCUUGGUGCCAGCUCUGCUUAGUGCCGGAUCUUGGGGUGCAGAGCCAUAUACCUCGCUUUCUGUCCGGCCUCCCUGCCCUCAGCCCCUGCCCACGGCCCCUGCCCACAGCCCCUGCCCACAUCUCCACUUCAGGAAAUGCCGCACUUUAUGCCUACCUGCCUCCCGCCUUUCCACCCAUCCUGACCCCGAGCGACUGGUGGGGUCCUUAGCAAGCCCUGGGGUGGGGAGGGUUCGAGGAGCUUGGUGGUCCACCCCCUUGCUGCCCUUUCCCCCUCAGCACCAAGGCUGGUUGCUUCAGAAGUGCUGCUGUCGCCUGCACCGAGGCCGGACUCCGGCGCGCUUGCCUGCCCCCUGCCCCCUGCAGUUCUUUGUCAAGGUGUCCCAGCAGAUGGCCGGGAUCCUGUCUUCUUUCCGGCCUCCUCCCUCUAUUUAUGUUGGUGUUUACAAGUCAGAGUGGUCCUCUGGCCAGGUGUACAGCUCACCUGGGAUUGUGGGGCAGGGUCCUGUGGGCUCUCUGUAGCCGCACAUGGCCACCUGGCCCACCAAGGACCACACCGUGCAGUGAAGCUGCCUUCACCCCUUCGCUGUUUUAUUUAUUAAAUCUGAUUUGAAUCCCA